AACCAAUGUAACCAUGUUGAAAGUAGCCGUCCUUUUUACAAUUGUCAAUGUAGCUUUAGCUAUCCAUUCAUUGGACGACCAACAUCUAAAAAUCUGGGGAGGCAACGAUACUGAUAUCAGCGCCCAUCCGUGGACAGUAUCCCUUCAAAACUGGAACAACUCCUUCUGUGGUGGUUCCUUAAUCUCCUCCACUUGGGUACUGACAGCAGCCGACUGCGUCUCGGGCAUCAACUUGAACGUAACCGAACUGACAAUACGAGCCGGUAGCAGUCAACCGGACCAAAACGGGCAACUGGUAGAAGUAUCAAACAUCUUGGUCAAUCCAAAAUACAACUCUGUAAAUAUGGAGAACGAUAUAGCUUUAUUGCAGCUGAAAUCGCCUGUUACUGUUGAAAGUGCAAAAGUUGCUUCGUUACCAAAAGCUGGAGAAGAACUCGACGAGGGUACAGCUGUUAAUGUCGUGGGAUGGGGAGUUGAAAAAAACUCAACAGGAGCUUCAAUUCUUCAAUUAGUAGAACUUCUGGUCAUUAAUAGAAACGCCUGUGCAGAUCAGUACACGGGCACUUCCGUGGAAGUACCAGACACUAAAUUCUGCGCUAGAGGAAAAGACCAAGACGUCUGCAUGGGUGAUUUCGGUGGUCCUGUUGCAGUGGACAACGUAGUUUAUGGAGUAAUAUCUCCAGGACUUGGUUGCGAAGCUGAUUAUCCUGCAGUGUUUACCAAAGUGUCGAAAUAUACAAGUUGGAUUAAUGAAGUUACUGAAAUUUAGAUGAAUAAAG